CUAAAUUCUCAAAAAGAAAACAACAAUUAAUUCUUCAUCCAAAUUGGUUGCGCGUGACUCUCCCUCCUCAAAUCUUCCCCAAUCAAAAUUCCAAAUCCCCACCGCCCGUCGAUUCGGAACCUCAGAGCUCAAAUCACUGUCAUUUCCCUCAAUCGCACGAAUUCGAUCCGGCGGCGAGGUGAUGGCCGGCGCUGAUGCUGAUGCUGCGGCGACUCUCCGUUCCGCGCUUGCACCUGCAAACCUGUCGCUCGUUUCCGCCCUUCUCGCGUGUGCAAUUGCUCAGUUCCUCAAACCUUUCACUACUUGGUUGAAGGUUAAAAAAUGGGAUUCUAGAAAGAUGGUUAGCUCAGGUGGAAUGCCAUCAUCACAUUCAGCGACUGUCACUGCUCUAGCAACUGCAAUUGGCUUGCAAGAAGGAGUUGGGGGGGCAUCAUUUUCCAUUGCAGUUGUCUUGGCAUGUGUUGUGAUGUAUGAUGCUACUGGCAUCAGACUUCAUGCUGGUCGGCAAGCUGAGUUAUUGAAUCAAAUUGUGUGUGAAUUGCCUCCUGAUCAUCCUGUUGCUAAUGUCAGACCUCUUCGAGAUUCGCUAGGCCACACUCCACUGCAGGUUGUUGCUGGUGCUUUGUUGGGAUGUAUGGUGGCAUUCCUCUUGAAAAUUACCACAUGACGGUGUUUAACUUUCCAUUGAUAUAUCAAAAUCGCUUAUAAAUCUUGUGAAGAAAUGGAAAAGAAAUGACGAGAACAUGAAGAAUCUGCGGUGAAGGUUUUAUUUAUGUAAAGCUGGUUUGAUUUAGAUGUGAUCCUGUUACUAGUCGGAUAUUCAUUUAAAUGACAUUGUGAAAUUGUGUAUAGUAUAGGGUUCGUUAAAGUUUCUCUUCAUAAUGUUCCUGAAUGUUUUUGCCGCGUCUAGCAUGUUUUACGGGUUCGUUUA